AACACUGCCCCACACUGAAAUAUCAAAGACAAAAUCCAUCUCUCCACAGAAAUUUUUCUUGAACCUCGAGCAUCCUUCUUCCUUACUUCCGCAGUGUCAACUACUUGCGCCUGCGAGUGCAUGCUUCAAGGACAUCACGAGUCCAAGAUGGCGUCUUCAGCGCCAAGUGGCGAGGCCAUCGCGAGUCCGACACUCGAGUCGAUUCCUGUCCAGGACAUGGCCGCGUUGGACGUCAAGGAUCCGGUCACCGAGGCCGUCACCGAAGCUGCCGUGCCCGAGACUGAGGCUGCUGAGGUGCCGCCUCAUCGGUCGCAUGACCCUACCAACAACUUGAAGCGGAGUGAUCCCUUCCAGUUCGGUAGCCGGUACUUGAACGAAGGAGAUGAUGUCUUCGAGUUCAAUGCCUGGGACCACGUUGAGACUGACGAUGCGUACAAGGAGUAUGCUGAGGAGCAGUACGCGAAGCAGCGUCAACAUCCUGUCUCGGACUUUGAAAAGAGAAAGUUCAGUCAGGAUCCUGCUAGAUGGUGGAAUUUGUUUUACAAGAACAAUGCUGCCAACUUUUUCAAAAAUCGCAAAUGGCUCCAACAGGAAUUCCCUGUCCUGGCCGAGGUAACCAAGGAAGACGCCGGUCCCAAGGUCAUACUGGAGAUUGGUGCUGGAGCCGGUAAUACGGCCUUCCCUGUCUUGGCCGAGAAUAAGAACCCACAACUGAAGAUCCAUGCCUGCGACUACUCAAAGACAGCCGUAGAGGUCAUUCGCAAGAAUGAAGCGUACAAUCCUGAGUUUAUCCAGGCUGACGUAUGGGACGUCACCAGUGAUGACUUGCCGCCUGGACUCGAGGAAGGCUCCGUAGAUGUCGCCGUGUUGAUUUUCAUCUUCUCUGCUCUGUCGCCUGAUCAAUGGGCCAAGGCUGUUCACAACGUCCACCGAGUACUCAAGCCGGGAGGUCUGGUCUGCUUCCGAGACUAUGGAAGAGGAGAUCUGGCCCAGGUCCGGUUCCGCAAGGGUCGAUACCUGGACGAAAACUUUUACAUCCGAGGCGACGGCACACGUGUGUAUUUCUUUGACAGGGAUCAGCUCGCCGAUAUCUGGACUGGCAAGAUUGCCGGCGAGGAUGUCAAGGCUACCCUAGAACUUGCCACUACCGAUUCGACGGCUGAGGCCGAGAAUGGCACAGAUGCUCCUCAAAACCCAGAUACAGAGGAGAUUAAGACAGAGAUACCCCUCUUCGAGGUGGAGAAGCUUGGUGUUGAUCGAAGAUUGCUUGUCAACAGAGCCUCCAAGCUUAAGAUGUAUAGGUGCUGGCUACAAGGUCGCUUUAGAAAGAAAUAGACUAUAACAUCUCAAGAUGAACACAUGAAUCUGUCCUUGUAUGUGUAAUGCGAUGAGGCUCCCUUAGCAACGGCGCCGGUAAUCUAAUAGAGCAAAAGAUCACGUAUCUUUGCUCUUUCAUCUGCACCAAAACCUAUGCCGUCU